AUGUCUGUGGGGCUUCGCCGGGAAGAAGCUGGGGACACACGGAGCCCGUACCAGACACGGGCUGGCGCACCAUGGAGCGCAAGAUGGAGUUCUUCCAGAAGCUGGGCUACAGCCGCGAGGACGUGCUCAGGGUGCUGGGCAAGCUGGGUGACGGAGCCCUGGUCAACGACGUGCUGCAGGAGCUGAUCCACACGGGCAGCCGCCCGGGGGCCCAGGAGGGGCUGCCCAGCAGCCCCGGGCCCCUGCUGGUUCCCCGGGGCUCCUGCGGGGCCCAGGACUCGGCCCAACGCGCCCCUGGGUGGGCGCUUGGAGAGGACGACGGCGACCUGGCCAGCUCCCUGCGGCCCAUAGUGAUCGACGGCAGCAAUGUGGCCAUGAGCCAUGGAAAUAAAGAAGCCUUUUCUUGCCGGGGAAUCCAGCUGGCUGUGGACUGGUUCCGGGACCGAGGACACACCUACAUCAAGGUUUUUGUCCCGUCGUGGAGGAAAGAGCCAGCACGUUCUGAAACCCCCAUCAGAGAGCAGCACGUGCUGGAGGAGCUGGAGCGGCAGGAGGUGCUCGUGUACACGCCCUCCCGCAAGGUGAACGGCAAGCGGGUGGUGUGCUACGACGACCGCUACAUCGUCAAGGUGGCCUACGAGCAGGACGGCGUGAUCGUCUCCAACGACAACUACCGGGACCUGCAGAGCGAGAACCCCGAGUGGAGGUGGUUCAUCGAGCAGAGGCUGCUCAUGUUCUCCUUCGUCAAUGACAGGUUCAUGCCUCCCGAUGACCCCCUGGGCCGCCGAGGACCCACCCUGAGCAACUUCCUGAGCAGGAAGCCGAGGCCCCCAGAGCCAUCCUGGAAGCACUGCCCCUAUGGCAAGAAGUGCACCUACGGCAUCAAGUGCAAGUUCUCCCACCCGGAGCGGCCGCGCCGCGCGCAGCUGUCCGUGGCCGACGAGCUCCGCGCCCAGACGCGGGCCCGGCCGCCCAGUGCCCGCGAGCCCCGCGGCGCGGCCCCGGAGCCCCGGCCCGAGGAGGACCCGGCCCCCCUGCGGGGAAGCUUCUCGCGACUGGCCGUCGGCGCCCGCCCGGCCCGCGGCGGCCUCGAGUCCCCGCCCUGCGCCCCCAGCUCCGGGCCGCUGGGGUCCGGCGGGCGCGGCCCCCGGGGCCGCUGCGAGCUCCCGUCCCCGCCCGGCCCGCAGCUCCCGCCGCUGCAGCCCCGGCGCCCCGGGAGCCGCUGGGUCUGGGCGGAGCCGACCUGGGGGGACGGCGCCUUGGGCGGAGGAUCUGCGCCCCGAACCCCCGAAGAGGAGAUGGAGGGGCGCGGCCAGGGCGCCCCGAAGGACCCCGGAGCCGCCCAGUCGGCCAGCAGAGGUGGCCUUGGCUUGUCCUUCCCGGCGGGGGACGCCCCCGGGGGCGCCUGGGGACGGAGUCCCGGCCGUCCCGGCCAUCCCGGCUGA